GGUUGGCUUAUAUAUCGUUAGGAGCUUAACUCUUGCAUCAUAAGUCAAAUUAAGCUUAGCUAGAACAACCCAGUUAAGAAAAAUACCAUGGAAAAUCUUGGAAGUUUAGAAAAUCAUGCUUCAGCUUGGGGUUUGGCAAAUUUCCUCACCAUUCAAAUGACUCUGAGAGCUGCAGUUGAGCUCAAUGUGUUCAACAUCAUUGCCAAAUCAGGUCCCGGAGCUCAUCUGACAUCAAAAGAAAUUGUUUCACAAAUUCCCAACACAAAUCCAACUUUAGCAGGUGAGAAUUUGGAGCGAAUUCUCAAACUUUUGAGUGUUCAUUCUCUUUUAUCCACAUUUGUAACACCAAACCCUAUUGAUAAGAAGAAAGAAACAAGAUAUGGGCUGACAAAGGAAGCACUUUGCCUAGUCCAGAAUGAAGAUGGAGUUUCCUUUUCUCCAGUUGUUGCGUUUGGCUCCGAAAUGUUCGUUGCACAGAGCUUCUACAUGCUCAAGUACAAGGUGCUUGAACCGGAGAGUUCUCCCUUUCUCAAAGCCCAUGGAGAGAGUUUUUAUGACUACAUGUCUAACAAGCCUGAGUUGUGCCAAUUGUUUGACAAGGUGAUGGGACUAAAUUCUUACCUAUAUUUUGAUCAUAAGGUGUUUGAGGUUUACAAAGGUUUCGAAGAGGUGAAGGAGCUGAUGGAUGUAGGAGGUGGUGAUGGAACUACGAUUGCCAAGAUAGUGUCUAGGUAUCCUCACAUCCAUGGAAUCAACUUCAAUUUGCCAAGUGUUAUAUCUAAAGCUCCUAAGUUGCCAGGUGUAAAGCAUGUAAGUGGAGAUAUGUUUGAGUUAAUACCAGAGACGCAGUCACUCAUGUUGAUGUUGGUACUCCAUAAUUGGGAUGAUGAACACUGUAAGAAGAUAUUGAGAAACUGUUGGGAGGCAAUACCGGAUUAUGGGAAGGUAAUAGUUAUUGAGCAAUAUGUAAUGCCGGAACUAGUUGAGAAUACCCCAGAAAUGAAGCGCAUACUCUACUAUGACGUAAUCAUGAUGACCUUGUUUCCUGGUGGUAAGGAGCGAACAAUAGCUGAAUUUGAUAUCCUUGCCAAAUCCGUAGGUUUCGUUGAAACAAAGAUCUUCCCGCUUCCUCGUGGCAGUUAUGUUAUCGAGUUUCUUAAGGGGGGGAGUGUGGGAUCAUUGGAUAAGUAGUCCAUCUCAUUCUUUGUGGUUUUUGUCUUUUGUAUUCAGUUUGCUCUUUGAUUUGGCUCUUCGAUUUUAUCCCUUUGUUUUGUAAGGAGCUGGUUGUUGGGAUCUGCCUUCAUUUAUAUUGUGCUACUAUUUCUAUGAUUGUAUGUUCCAAAAAUAAUAUGAAUUAUUAAUCGACCAAUAAGUACAA